CCCGCCCCCGAAGAUGACAAACGGUUCUUCCUCCUGCCCCGUCCGCAGCGACCUGCAGGCAUUCCCCUACUUUUAUUACUUGGUGUUCCUGGCCGGCAUCCUGGGCAGUGCCUUCGCCACCUGGGCCUUCCGGCAGAAGGACACGGAGCACCCGUGCGUGAGCAUCUACCUCCUCAACCUGCUCACGGCCGACUUCCUGCUCACCCUGGCGCUACCGGUGAAGAUCGCCGUGGACCUGGGCGUGGCACCGUGGAAGCUCCGGCUCUUCCACUGCCAAGUGUCCGCCUGCCUCAUCUACAUCAACAUGUACCUGUCCAUCGUCUUCCUGGCCUUCGUCAGCCUGGAGCGCUGCCUUCAGCUGCUGCGCAGCUGCAAGGCCUACCAGAUCCAGGAGCCCGGCUUCGCCAAGAUGAUAUCGGCCGUGGUGUGGCUCAUGGUGCUGCUGGUCACGGUGCCCAACAUGGCCAUCCCCACCGAAGACAUCGAGGAGAAGCCGGACGUGGGCUGCAUGGAGCUCAAGACCCCGUUCGGGCGCAACUGGCACUUGGUGACUAACUUCAUCUGCAUCGCCAUCUUCCUCAACUCCUCCGUCAUCAUCGUCCUCUCCAACGUCCUCGUGGUCCGGCAGCUCUACAGGAACAGGGACAGCGGCGACUACCCCAGCGUGAAGAGGGCCCUCGUCAGCAUCCUCCUGGUGACCGCGGGCUACAUCGUCUGCUUCGUCCCGUACCACCUGGUCCGCAUCCCCUACACCCUCAGCCAGGCCGAGAUCAUCUCCGACUGUGCCUCCAAAGACCUGCUCUACCGCGCCAAGGAGGCCACGCUGCUCCUGGCCGUGUCCAACCUGUGCCUGGACCCCGUCCUGUACUACCACCUCUCGCAGGCCUUCCGCACCAAGGUCACCCAGACGUUCGCCUCCCAGGCGCAGAAAGGAACGCCUGGCGAUGGCCACAACGUGCCACACACAGAGGGGGCCGCUGUCAGCACCUGCUGAGACUUCCCGCCUCGGUGGAAGGACUGUAGCGAGCAGGAGUGAGCUGGGUGGUCGGGGAGGAGGUGGGCACGAGCCCUGGGGCUGGGGUUGGAGGGGGGGUGGGGACAGGGUGACUUAGAAAUCCGGUUCCUCGAGGCAAGUCAGUUAUUAAGGCCAUCGAUGUAUUUAAGAUUUGCAUACGUGCACGUGGGUGCACGCAUGUACACACACACACACACACACACACACACACACACACACACACACACACACUGAGAGAGUCCUGCUGAGCCCAUGUGAAACUCUGCAGUGAUCUUGACCUUGAAAUGGCAUCUAAGACAGACCGGAAACACUGGCCCUCCCACUGACUCUGAACAGAAAGAUGCAGAACAACCUCAAAGUUGAUUGUCAAAAGUCUUUUAGAAGUAGAGCUUAAAGACCUUGGCGGGUAGCUUAGAAAAGCUUUUCUUUUUUUUUUUUUUUUUACAGAAAACUAGCACUAGCACAGCGGGUAGGGUGUUUGCCUUGCAGGAGGCCAACCCAGGUUCAAUUCUUCUGUCCCUCUCGGAGAGCCCGGCAAGCUACCGAGAGUAUCCCGCCCGCACGGCAGAGCCUGGCAAGCUCCCCGUGGCAUAUUCGAUAUGCCAAAGACAGUCACAACAAGCCUCACCAUGGAGACAUUACUGGUGCCUGCUCGAGCAAAUCGAUGAACAACAGGAUGACAGAUUACAGUGACACAGUGACACCAGGGCCUGAAUUUUUAGAAGGGGCACCGCAGGCAGCAGGGUAGGGUGGACUGGGAGAGAUGCUGACGCUGUCACCUCUGCCACAGGCCUGUCUGCACACACCACCCACGCCACUGCCAGCCCCGGCCGGGCAAUCUGAGUUCAUUUCCCCGGAGACGAGCCACUCCAGGGCGAGAGAGAGGCCCAGGGGGUGGGAGGCUGCUGGGCACGCACAAGGCUCUCAUUCGAACCCUGGCCCCACAUGGCCCCAUCAAGCUCGGAGCUGGGGCUCAG